AUGCUUGUCACUGGUUUCAUCCUCUGGGCUUCCCUGCUGACUGGGGCCUGGCCAGCCACCCCUACCCAAGACCGCCUCCCAGCCACGCCCCGUGUCCGGCUGUCCUUCAAAGAGCUCAAGUCCACAGGCACUGCCCACUUCUUCAACUUCCUGCUCAAUACCACCGACUACCGUAUCCUGUUCAAGGAUGAGGACCACGACCGCAUGUAUGUGGGCAGCAAGGACUACGUGCUGUCCCUGGACCUGCAUGACAUCAACCGUGAGCCCCUCAUUAUCCACUGGGCAGCCUCCCCGCAGCGCAUUGAGGAGUGUGUGCUCUCGGGCAAAGAUGGCAACGGUGAGUGUGGGAACUUCAUCAGGCUCAUCCAGCCCUGGAACCGAACCCACCUGUAUGUGUGCGGCACGGGAGCCUAUAACCCCAUGUGCACCUAUGUGAACCGCGGCCGCCGUGCACAGGCCCUGCCAUGGACCCAGGCGCAGGUGGUCAGAGGCCGCGGCAGCAGAGCCACAGAUGGUGCCGUCCACCCGAUGCCCACAGCCCCACGCCAGGAUUACAUCUUCUACCUGGAGCCUGAGAGACUCGAGUCAGGGAAGGGCAAGUGUCCGUACGACCCCAAGCUGGACACAGCCUCAGCCCUCAUCAACGAAGAGCUCUACGCCGGCGUGUACAUUGAUUUUAUGGGCACAGACGCAGCCAUCUUCCGCACACUUGGAAAGCAGACAGCCAUGCGCACAGACCAGUACAACUCCCGGUGGCUCAAUGACCCUUCCUUCAUCCACGCGGAGCUCAUCCCUGACAGCGCGGAGCGCAACGAUGACAAGCUAUACUUCUUCUUCCGGGAGCGGUCGGCGGAGACCACGCAGAGCCCCGCUGUGUACGCCCGAAUUGGGCGCAUCUGCCUGAACGAUGAUGGCGGUCACUGCUGCCUGGUCAACAAAUGGAGCACAUUCCUGAAGGCGCGGCUCGUCUGCUCCGUGCCAGGCGAGGAUGGCAUUGAGACCCACUUCGAUGAGCUCCAGGAUGUGUUUGUCCAGCAGACCCAGGAUGUGAGGAACCCCGUCAUUUAUGCUGUCUUUACCUCCUCGGGCUCCGUCUUCCGAGGCUCUGCUGUGUGCGUCUACUCGAUGGCUGACAUUCGCAUGGUCUUCAACGGACCCUUUGCCCACAAGGAGGGCCCUAACUACCAGUGGAUGCCCUUCUCGGGGAAGAUGCCGUACCCCCGGCCUGGCACAUGCCCCGGGGGAACCUUCACGCCCUCCAUGAAAUCCACCAAGGACUAUCCUGACGAGGUGAUCAACUUCAUGCGCAGCCACCCGCUCAUGUACCAGGCCGUGUACCCUCUGCAGCGGCGCCCCCUGGUGGUCCGCACUGGUGCCCCCUACCGACUCACCACUGUUGCCGUAGACCAGGUGGAUGCAGCUGACGGGCGCUAUGAGGUGCUUUUCCUGGGCACAGACCGCGGGACAGUGCAGAAGGUCAUCGUGCUGCCCAAGGAUGACCAGGAGGUAGAGGAGCUCAUGCUGGAGGAGGUGGCAGUCUUCAAGGAUCCAGCACCUGUUAAGACCAUGACCAUCUCUUCCAAGAGGCAACAACUGUACGUGGCCUCCGCUGUGGGUGUCACACACCUGAGCCUGCACCGCUGCCAUGCGUAUGGGGCUGCCUGUGCCGACUGCUGUCUCGCCAGGGACCCCUACUGUGCCUGGGAUGGCCAGGCCUGCUCCCGCUACACAGUGUCUUCCAAAAGGCGGAGCCGCCGGCAGGACGUCCGGCAUGGGAACCCCAUCAGGCAGUGCCGUGGGUUCAACUCUAAUGCCAACAAGAAUGCCGUAGAGUCUGUGCAGUAUGGCGUGGCGGGCAGCACGGCCUUCCUGGAGUGCCAGCCCCGCUCACCGCAAGCCACCGUGAAAUGGCUCUUCCAGCGAGAUCCUGCUGACCGGCGCCGAGAGAUCCGAGCGGAGGAGCGCUUCCUGCGCACAGAGCAGGGCUUGCUGCUCCGCGCCCUGCAGCUCAGCGAUCGCGGCCUCUACUCCUGCACGGCCACUGAGAACAACUUCAAGCACGUCGUCACUCGGGUGCAGCUGCACAUCCUGGGCCGGGAUGCUGUCCAUGCUGCCCUCUUCCCCCUGCUGGCUGUGAGCGCCCCGCCGCCUCCGGGCACAGGCCCCCCCACACCUCCGUACCAGGAGCUGGCCCAGCUGCUGGCCCAGCCUGAAGUGGGCCUCAUCCACCAGUACUGUCAGGGUUACUGGCGUCACGUGCCCCCCAGUCCCCGAGAGGCCCCCGGGGCCCUCAGGCCUCCUGAACCCCAGGACCAGAAAAAGCCCCGGAACCGCCGGCACCACCCUCCGGACACAUGAGGCCAGCUGCCUGAGCCCUGCACUGGACCAGCCUAGCCCUCAUCCCUUUUAAUAUAAAAGAUAUAUAUAUAUAUAUAUAUAAA